CGGACCCAGAGCCGCCACCGCCCGCUUCUGCCAUUCAAUGGAGGACGGUCUGCUGGAGAUCAUGACCAAGGACGGCGGCGACAUGCCGGCACCUCUGGAGGUGUCCACCGUGCCGGCCGUGGGGGACGUGAUCUCCGGGGAGUACAACGGCGGCAUGAAGGAACUGAUGGAGCACCUGAAGGCCCAGCUGCAGGCCCUGUUUGAGGACGUGAGGGCCAUGCGGGGGGCCCUGGACGAGCAGGCCUCGCACAUCCAGGUGCUCUCGGACGACGUGUGCGCCAACCAGCGGGCCAUCGUCUCCAUGUGCCAGAUUAUGACCACGGCGCCCCGCCAGGGCGGUCUGGGCGUGGUCGGCGGCAAGGGGAGCUUCCCGGGUGCCCGCCAAGAGCCGGAGACCCCUUCGCCUGGGAUCGGGGACAGCGGUUUGCUGGGUCGCGAUCCUGAGGACGAGGACGACGAUGAAGAAGAGGAGAAGGAGAUGCCCAGCUCCGCCACACCCACUAGUCACUGUGAGCGCCCCGAGAGCCCCUGUGCUGGUCUCCUUGGGGGGGACGGGCCACUUGUGGAGCCCCUCGACCUGCCCGACAUUACCCUGCUGCAGCUGGAGGGCGAGGCCUCUCUGUGAGGGGACUCCGAGGGGGCACUACUUUCCCGGGCUGGCUUUGGGUUUCCGAGUGCAUGACGCGAGGGGACUGAACGGUGCGGUGCAGCAUGCUUCACUCCGACCGCUGCUCAUGUGGGUCAGGCAGAGAGACUCCCUCGAGGAAGGAUUUAUAGGGUGAAGGACUUUGGGAGCGUCAAGAAUCCCUUCUGCCCAACCGAGGGAGACGUAGCAAACUGCGGAAAGGUGAGGUUCCGGGAGAGGAAGCGCCCAUCUCUGGACUCCCUUCCACCCCCUACCCUGCCCAUUCCCCCUCCCCGGUCAACAGGAGAACCCCUGAAUUGUGUAAAUAAAAUUCUGCUUUUUCUAUUCUGAAAAAGGACUUAUCUAGGACUAUGGCAAAUAAUCUCUUAACGAUUUACCUAGAAACUAAGGAAUUGGGGGUAUUCUGUUCUGGCAACAGAAAAUUUACCCUUCUGCUGAAAUCCAAGAUAUUCAGCGCUCUGCAGAAGCCUCUCCCCCUCACAGAUCUCUGCGGCUGCUGAUUGGUAAAGGAAGCUUGAGGAGGGAACUGCAGCCCUAGGAAUCUAAGUGAAUGGGGUUCCAAGGGCCCCUGGGCUGGGAGGAGCUGGCUAUGAAUGUGCAUGAAGACAUAAUAGCUCAACCUCUAGGAUUUUUGCAUGCAGAGCGGAUCCUGCCUUGUCACUGACUUCAUCUGGGAUUGCUUUAUCCACUCACUGGGGCUUAGAGAACAAAGAGCCCAGUACACAGGCAGAGACUUGGGGGUGCUCAGCAGCAGCCCAGAUUUAGGGGACGUUUGAGGGACUCUUGGAGGCUGCAGCCAAAAACUGUCUCUCUCCUGGCUACACCUGCUUAACUUCAGUUCCUUUUCCUGUCAAUUUGUCCCUGCCCGCUGCCUCUCGGUGUUGCCUCCAUAAUGUCUUGUGUGUGUUACGUAUGUCGACUUGUGCAGUAGUGUGUGAGCCCUGAGGGGCAGGGCUUGUGGCUCUGGUGUUAGGUUCAGGGGGCUUCAGACCCUUCUGUGAGCCCCAGGCUAUCAUGGCGCUUUCCCCUCUCCUUUCCUCUUUUCCCUCACAACCAGGGCAUGGAGCAUGUGGCUGUCCUGAGGUUCUUAACUGAUGUGCCUCCCUUCCACCUCCUCGAGUAGUGACUUUGUGUGCCCUUUCUCCUCCACUGUGUAUUCCUUCUCAAUGCUUUCCUUGGUGUUAACCUUAAUAAAGAGGCGUCA